CCGACUUGAGGCAGCAUGGGUCUCUGUCUGAGGUGGCGCCGGCUUGGGUUCCCACUCCCGGGGUUCCGCCGCUGCGAGCUCCACACAGUGCGUGAGGCCCCUAUACCAACUCCUCCACAUUGGUUGGCAGAACGAUUUGGCCUUUUUGAGGAGCUAUGGACUGCUCAGGUGAAGAGAUUAGCAAGUAUGACACAGAAGAAAGCCCGGACUAUUAAGAUAUCACUUCCUGAAGGCCAGAAGGUAGAUGCUGUUGCAUGGAAUACAACCCCUUAUCAACUGGCCCAGCAGAUCAGUUCGACACUGGCUGAUACUGCAGUGGCUGCUGAAGUAAAUGGAGAACUUUACGAUCUGGACCGACCCUUGGAGACAGAUUGUCACCUCAGAUUUCUGACAUUUGAUUCCCCAGAGGGCAAAGCGGUGUUCUGGCGCUCUAGUGCCCACGUUCUGGGUGCAGCAGCUGAGCAACAUCUGGGUGCUGUUCUCUGCAGAGGUCCAAGUACAGAAUCUGGCUUUUACCUUGAUUUCUUCCUGGGAAAAGAACGGACAGUCCGCAGCACGGAGUUGCCCACUUUAGAGCGGAUUUGCCAGGAGAUCAUAACUGCUGCACAGCCUUUCCGAAGGCUAGAGGCUUCCCGGGGUCAGCUUCGCCAGCUCUUCAAGGAUAACCACUUUAAGCUUCAUGUGAUCGAGGAGAAAGUGACAGGCACGACAGCAACAGUGUACGGGUGUGGCAUGUCGGUUGACCUGUGCCAGGGCCCCCAUCUUCGGCACACAGGACAGAUUGGAGCACUGAAGCUGCUCACGAACUCCUCGGCCUUGUGGAGGUCCUCCGAAGCGCCUGAGACACUGCAGAGGGUAUCAGGAAUUUCUUUCCCCAAGGCAGAGUUACUGAGGAAUUGGGAAGCUCGAAGGGAGGAAGCAGAGUUAAGAGAUCACAGACGCAUCGGGAAGGAACAGGAGCUCUUCUUCUUCCAUGAGCUGAGCCCUGGGAGCUGCUUUUUCCUGCCACGAGGGACAAGAAUUUAUAACGCCCUGGUGGCUUUUAUCAGGGCUGAGUAUGCCCGACGAGGUUUCUCAGAGGUGAAAACUCCCACGCUGUUUUCUACAAAACUCUGGGAACAGUCAGGGCACUGGGAGCAUUAUAGGGCACACAUGUUUUCCCUAAAGCCCCCAGGCACUGAUGGUGUCGACAGCUCCCAGAGUGGCCAUCCUGCCAGGUGUCCCAAAGACACACUUGCUCUAAAGCCCAUGAACUGCCCUGCACACUGCCUGAUGUUUGCCCACCGGCCCAGAUCCUGGCGAGAACUGCCUGUGCGGCUGGCUGAUUUCGGAGUCCUGCAUCGUGCGGAGGCCUCUGGCAGUCUGGGAGGAUUGACGCGGCUGUGGCGCUUCCAGCAGGAUGAUGCUCACAUCUUUUGUGCGCCCAGUCAGCUGGAAGCAGAGAUCCGGGGCUGCCUUGAUUUUCUCCGGUCUGUCUACUCGGUUCUUGGUUUCUCCUUCCACCUGGCUUUGUCUACCCGACCACCCGGCUUCCUAGGGGAGCCUCACCUAUGGGACCAGGCUGAGAAGGUCCUACAACAAGCCUUGGAAGAGUUUGGAGAACCCUGGAACCUCAACCCUGGAGAUGGGGCGUUCUAUGGGCCUAAGAUUGAUGUGCACCUCCAUGAUGCCCUUGGCCGGCCCCAUCAAUGCGGAACAAUCCAGCUUGACUUCCAGCUGCCACUGAGAUUUGACCUACAGUACAAGGGGCCGGCGGGGGCCCCCGAGUGUCCAGUCCUUAUUCAUCGGGCAGUGCUGGGGUCUGUGGAAAGGCUCUUGGGAGUGCUGGCAGAAAGCUGUGGGGGGAGAUGGCCCCUGUGGCUGUCCCCGUUCCAGGUGGUGGUCAUCCCUGUGAGGACAGAGCAAGAGGACUAUGCCAGGCAGGUGCAACAGUGCCUGCAGGCCGCAGGGCUUGUGAGUGACCUCGAUGCGGACUGUGGACUGACCCUCAGCCGGAGAGUCCGCCGGGCCCAGCUUGCCCACUACAAUUUUCAGUUUGUGGUUGGCCAGAGAGAGCAGAGUCAAAUGUCAGUGAACGUGCGCACUCGAGAUAACCGGCAGCUGGGGGAGCGAGGCCUGGCUGAGUCAGUGCAGAGGCUGCUGGAGUUACAGGACGCCAGGGUCCCCAACGCAGAAGAACUGUUCUGAGUGAUGUUCCCUGGUGACGUCCACUCGUGAGAGCCGUCCACCUUUUCCACAGGAGACCCUAUCCCACAUGGUCGCCCAGCAUGUUCCCGAGUCAUCAGAACUGCUCUCUGAAAAUAGACAUGGUGUAGGGCUCCCACGGGAAGGAAUGCUGUAUCGCUUAGAUAGAAGGAGAAUAAAAAAUAAACUUGAA